AUGGAGAACCCGCACAACACGUCGUCCGUGUUGGUGUGGCAUCACCUGCGCAUCCCCCCCGAAAGGGCGGCGGUCACCUUCCUCUUUGCCAGCCUCAGCUACACCGUCAUCCUUUUCUGCAACCUCCUCCUCAUCCUCACCAUCGUGCUGAGCAAGAACCUGCGGCAGCCCAUGCACCUGUUCCUCCUCAACAUGCCGGUCAACGACCUGCUGGGCUCGUCGGCCUUCUUCCUGCAGCUCCUCAAGGAGUUGCUGAGCGACUCGGGGCGUUUGUGGUACCCGACGUGCGUGACGCAGGCCUUCUUCAUCCACAUCUACGCGGCCGGCACCAUCUUCAUCCUCACCGCCAUGGCGUACGACCGCUACGUAGCCAUCUGCCUGCCGCUCAAGUACGGCGCGGUGAUGACGCACGGUCACGUGAUGAGGAUCAUCGCCGCCGUCUGGCUGGCCUGCUUGCUGUUGAUCGGCGUGUUGUUCUGGCUCUUGCUGCGUCUGCCCCGCUGCCGCUCCGCCGUCCACAACAUCUACUGCGACCAUCCCACGCUGCUGGCCCUGGUGUGCGCCGACACCACCGUCAACCAAGUCUACGGCCUGUCAGUCGUGGCCGUCACCCAGCUGCUGGCCAACGGCAUCAUCCUGUACACGUACCUGCGCAUCCUGCUGGCGUGCUUUCGGAGCGGGCGAUCCGACACCAAGGCCAAAGCCCUGCAGACGUGCGCCACCCACCUCUUUGUCUUCCUGCUUCUGGAGUGCCUGGGGCUGUUCACCAUCAUCUCCUACAGGGUCAGGCAGCUGCCGGACAGUUUCAGGUCCUUCAUGGGAUCCUCCACUCUGAUUUUCCCGCCAUCGCUCAACCCCAUCAUUUACGGGAUCAGGACCAAAGAGAUCCGGGACAAUAUAGUGCACUUUUUUCGGAGUAAAAUGAUCAAGUCCUGUGUCAGGAAUCUACGCUCCUCGAGCUCAUAG